AUGCGUUGCCGUGGCGACGUGGAAUGCUAACUACCCAGCACGCGCUUUAUUCUAUUAUGACGCAAUAAAGAGCCUUCAACAGGCAACGUCAUCCAGAUCGUGCAUUUAGGAAAGUUGUUUACAGACAUGUUUCACACUUUCUGUGCGAUUAUUGCAGUUGUAUCUUAUCUAGACUAAUUUUUAAAGCGCUUUCUUGCUUUUUUUGAGAGAUUUAUUAGAGAUAUUUUCAGCCACAAUAUGAAGAUGCGUCGUUUGAAGCGUUUUUUCAAGCGGACUAAAGUUCAUCCUGUUGUAGAUGAUGGUGAUAAAAGCAACGCUGCAGGAAGGAACAAAAACACAGCAAACACCAAGCUCAGCCAGGAUACUGAUUCUACUUAUUCUAAUGGCGAUGUUUCCUGCUUUGCGUGGUGUUUUAAGCUGUUUAAGAAGUGGAGGAGGAAAGGUCGUCCUGCAGCAGAGACUGUCAGCAAUGCAGAAAGGAACACACAACCAGACUGCACUGCUGAUGAGAUGUCCACGGCAUUGAAAGAUUCUUCAGUUUCUUCAGAUUUUUCAGAUUCUUCAGUGUCAUUUGAAGUUGUUAGUGAAAUCACAAUUACACCUGAAGAUUACUCGGUCUGUUUUUUUUCCUCAGCUACUAUGGACGACAUUAUUAUCUGCCCCACUGAAGACAUCACAGAAAAGAUGUUCUCAUCCUCCUCAGACAACUUUGCUAAGGUUGAAAUGCUGUGUGGAGGUGUGCUUUAUGAGGGGCAAGAAGAGAGAGAUAAGACCAGCGCCGAGAGGCGAACAGCAGACAUUGACAGAGGAUUGAAAAACUUCAGGAACACCUGCUAUAUAAACUCAAGUCUGCAGUGUCUGUUUAGCAUGGAGAGAUUCUGCACUCAGCUCUGCGUCCAGCUGAGUGACUGGUGUGACCAUCCAUCUGCCAAACUGAUCAGGUGCUUCAUUGAGUUGUGGUCAAUAAGCGAGAGCUCGGACCAAAAGAGGAAGAGUAUUCUUCUCACGAACUUCAUCAUGGCAGCAGCUUCCACAAACCCGGAUAUCACCAUCCACACCCAGAAUGAUGCCCAUGAGUUCCUGUUUUAUUGUUUGAGCCAAAUGCAAAUGAUUUGCCGAACACUGAACCAGGCAGGAGGCAUGGCUUCAGAAUGCCCCAUUAAAGCCAACAUCAGCUUUCAGCUUAGGAACAUUAUUACAUGUAGAUUCUGUGGAGUUCAGAAAAGCAAGUAUGAGGAGUUCAAUCAUCUGGCUCUACCAUUGGCAAAUCCCAGUUCAGUUGAGAGUUGCCUGAAUUGCUAUUUGAGCGACGAGGAAGAAAUCCAGUGCAGGUGUAGUGUGUGUGGAUAUAGCUCUGCCAGUAGCAGGUGGGCAUUCCACACAAUGCCCAGGGUUCUGAUUCUGCAGCUGAAAAGGUUUCGGCUGUCUGCAACUUCCACCAAGAAGAAGCACAAUAAGAUCCACAUAGAUCCUGUGUUUUACCUGACGCGACCAGUGCAGAGCAUUUCUGGAGGACACACCUACACCAUGGCCACAUCUACCAGUCAUCAGGCUCGAACAUGGCUCCCAGGAGUAGAAGCCAGUGUGGGAGAGGAGGAACAGACAGCAAGAACAGAACAGGAUGAAUCAGUGUGUACAUAUUCACUGAUCAGUGUCCUAAACCAUGAUGGGCCGAGCAUUUAUUCUGGACAUUAUCUGACCGACUGCCUCAUCCAGUCCGAUUCCUCCUGGCUGACUUGUGAUGAUGAAUAUGUCACCCUGACAUCAGUAGCAGAAGUUAUGGAGCAGAGGCAGAGGAGUGCUUACGUGCUGUUUUAUGAAAGAUCCUAAGCAGUGUGUGGAAUGCACGGCCUCUUCUCCAAAUCUCCAUGGCUUGUGCACACACACUCUCUGUCUCUGAGCCCUGCAGAGCACUCCACCAGCCACAGGAGGACUGGCUCCCCCAGUGAGUCUCGGGUCCUCUAAAGGUUUCUUCCUCUUUCUUCCUUUGGAACAGAGGGAGUUUUUCCUUUCCACAGUCGCUGUAGGCUUGCUCACUGGGGGCUUGGAUCCAGGGCUGUCACUAUUACUUAAGUAUAAAAUACCUAAAUUAGUCAUUAGUUAAUAUAUAACCACAUUUGCUAGUGGGAUUAAUGUGGAAAGGUUGUGCAGAUCGCCCAGCUGCAUGGUCCAGAUUGGGGUUGCAGUGUGAUGCCAGUUGGGCAAAAGGAAAAGGGCAGAUGAGCUCAUGAUCUCAUAGACCUCUUUGAUGUAACAUGUAAGUUGUGAGCAAAUAUUAUUAGCUAUCAAUGAAUAGAUAAUUGGUGUCCAGAAAAAUUCAAUAGAGUUUUCAAUAGAGGUCCAUUUUUGCCCGUUUUAAGGACUUAGGACUUAUAUUGGUCCAUUCAUCUUUAAAUUGGAAUCAUGGCACCUCAUUUUUGACAGUGGAAACUGGCUCUUGAUAUGAUAAAUGAAAAGUAAUUAGUGUGAAAGGAGCCUGAGCUGGUAAAGGGGGUUAGAAGAUAUUAACUAGAUAUUCAGAGGAAGAAGAGAGACAUCUGUAGUGAUGCAUCCUUCAUGCCUAGUGCCUAUUGUACAAGCCUUAGAUUACAGUACUUACAUACUUACAGAUUUAAGGUUAAUAGUGAGUAAUAGUGACAGCCCUUUGUUGGUCCAGGGGUAAUUUGCCUCUUUAAUAUUUCUUCUGGAGAGCUCACUACAGGGCCAGACAGAGAUGGAGACUGUAAACAUAAAGGUCUGUGUGUGGCAGAGAAUUAAACAGCAAAGAGCACUUAAAUGAA